AUGGAAAAAAAAGUUAUAAUUUUCACAGGUAGUACAGAUGGUAUUGGAUUAUUAGUAAUUAAUCAUUUGGUAAGAGAAAAAUGUGAAAAUUAUAAAUUUAUAUUACCAGUUAGAAAUUUAGAAAAAGGAGAAUUAUUAAAAAAACAAUUAAAAGAAAUUAAUGAAAAAGUUGAUAUAACUUUAAUGGAAAUGGAUUUAUCAUCAUUUGAAUCGAUAAGAAAUUUUGUAAAAAAUUUCAAUCAAUUAAAUUUACCACAUUUAGAUAUAUUAGUAAAUAAUGCUGGUAUAAUGCAACCAAGAUUUAUAAAAACAGUCGAUGGUUUUGAAUCAACAAUUGGUGUAAAUCAUUUAGGUACAUCACUAUUGACAUUAUUAUUAUUAAAAAAUUUUAAAAACUCUUCAAAUUAUGAAAAUUCAAAUGGUGCAAGUUCAAACAAUGAAGACUUUGGAAAUAUUGUAAUAUUAAGUUCGGAAUUUCAUCAACGUGAACCAUUAAAUUUUGAUAAAUUAUUAUUAACAGAUAAUGAUUCUUCAAAUUUUGAUACUCUUAGAGAAUAUUCAAAAUCAAAAUUAUGUAAUCUUUUAUUUUCAAUGGAAUUACAUAAUAGAUUGGAUAAUUUAAAGAAUAAUAAUAUUAGAGUGAAUUCACUUCAUCCUGGUUAUUUAAGAACUCCAAUAAAUAGAGAUUUAAGUUGGUUCACUAGACAUAUCAUUGCACCAAUAUUCUUUUUUGGUUAUGGUUCAAAAACUGAAGAUACAAUCAAUGGAAUUGUUAAUUUAAUUGAAAAUAAUUCAAAUCAUUCUGGUAAAUAUUUUUCAAUUUCAAAAGAAAUUUCACCUUCACCAUUUGCUUCAAAUCUUGAAAAUUCUAAACUUUUAUGGGAAAAAACUUGUGAAUUACUUUCAAUUAGUAAUGAAUUAAAUUUAUAA